AUGUAUCAAUCACAAGGAAUGAGUUGCCAAACCCCAAACUUAGAAAAUAUAACUUUGUUAGAUAAAUGUUCAUUACAAGAAUAUAAAGAAUCCCUUUCCAAAUCUUCCAACAUAACUUCGAAUUUGUUAUUGAAAGAGGUGUGGGACAAAAAUACCAAUAAUUUAAAUGAACAUACUAUGAACUACAUUCUAAGUGCGAGUAAGGAAGGUCUCAAAAGCCCAAACAAUGAUAUAUCUAAUACAUGGAAGUCAGAUUUGAGCAACAUCGACCCACUCCGCAUCUUCGAGAGUUCAUUACCGGCUUGUGAUAAAUGUACUUAUACUGAAACCAAUACUACGAGUACUUCAAUAGGCAUAAGCUGUCAAUGUUAUCACAACCAGCAUUACAAUGAUAACACUAGCUUCAAGCCACUGAACAGGGAAUCAAGUGAGGAUUCAAGGUCGUGCGGUGAAAGACAAUUAUUUAAACCUACAUUCAGUCGUCCUCGGGUCAAAAGACCAAUUGAUGUGUCUAAGAAUGUUACAAAUAGCAAUAGGAACAUUGAAAUGGAUGUCGAUCCAAAGCCUGUUCCUACAGAUGAAGUUAUUGAAGAUGAAGAAAAGGCUCACAAGAGUAAUGUUGCCAAAAUAACAUUUAAGACGGCCAAAGAAGCUCUGCUUUCAUCAAACCCAGCUGCCAGACGAACACUAGGAGCGUCGAGGAAAGCUCAGGCGAAAUUCAUAUCACCAAUGCUCGGAGCACAAGAAAAACAGGAGCUCGCUGAACCCGCUGUGAUCGAUGAUAGACUGAAGAAUAUCGAUCCGAAAAUGAUUGAACUCAUAGAAAACGAAAUAAUAGACAAAGGAACGCCUAUAGGCUGGGAGGACAUAGCGGGCCUGGAACACGCCAAGAGCGUGAUCCAGGAGGCGGUGGUGUGGCCGCUCCUCAGACCAGACAUCUUCACGGGUCUGCGGUGCCCGCCCCGCGGCAUUCUGCUGUUCGGCCCGCCCGGCACCGGCAAGACGCUCAUAGGUAAGUGUAUCGCGUCCCAGUGCCGCGCCACGUUCUUCAGUAUCUCGUCCUCCUCGCUCACGUCCAAGUGGAUCGGCGACGGAGAGAAGAUGGUGCGCGCGCUGUUCGCUGUGGCGCGCUGCCAUCAACCAGCCGUGGUGUUUAUGGAUGAGAUCGACUCCCUGCUGAGCGCGCGAGGUGACGCGGAGCAUGAAGCGUCGCGCCGCAUCAAGACUGAGUUCCUCGUGCAGUUUGACGGAACCAACACCGGUGAGGAGGAGCGUGUGUUGGUUGUGGGCGCCACGAACAGACCUCACGAGCUGGACGACGCGGCCCGCAGGAGGCUCGUUAAACGACUGUACAUACCGCUACCUGACUUACAGGCUCGCCAUCAGAUAAUACACAAUCUGUUGUCCCGCGAGCGUCACAGUCUAUCGCCAGCCGACAUGCGGUCAAUAUCGGAGCAGUGUGAGGGUUACUCCGGCGCGGACGUGAGGUCGCUGUGUGCGGAGGCAGCCAUGGGACCCGUGAGGAGCCUCGCUGACAUCACAUCUAUCAGCGCCAGCCAGGUCCGUCCAGUCAAUAUUCAAGAUUUCAAGUCAGCGCUACAGAGAGUGAGGCCCAGCGUGUCCCAGGAUGAUCUCGGACAGUACGUGAAGUGGAACGAGACGUACGGACACGGAGUAUAA